CGAAAAUCAAAAACGAAAGUUUAUAUAAAUAGCUAAUGAUUAAUCGUUCCAGUCCACACUCAGUUUGGAUUUGCAGUUGAAAUAUCAGCGGAUUAUCACUUGUCUUCUAAAAUGACUUCAGUGCCUUUGCCGAGCGAUGUAUUAACUGCGCUCCAAGAAAGUUUUCAGUCCAAGCCAGACAGUCUUGCCCGGAUUAUUUUUUUCCUUGCUGAUCAUUCAGCCAACGGUUUUGCCGAGCCAUAUAUCCAGUCCCUUAAAGCUGUUGUCAAUAUGCCGAGCGUUUUCACAAAGGUCGCUGAAAGAAUGGAACAGGAUACUAAAACGGCGGAAAAGGAUCCUCAUUAUAAGCAGAUGAUGUAUGAUAUUUGGCAAAAUUUUAUGAAAGAUGAUCUAAGCGAAAAUCCAGACCAUGGUCAAAAAUGGGAUUUAGCCGUGCCAGGAGACAGCGUGUCCUGUGUGGUGCAGUAUAACUUUAUGCGAGCAGUUAGUAGCAUGCCUCCUGAAUCAUAUCUUGCCUUAUCGAAUGCGCUGCAGGCGAUUGGCAACGCAAGUGGUGUUGUCAGGUUUAUCGAUAAGGCUUUAACUAAGGCAAGAGUAGCAAAGCCAUUGGUACGUGUUGGUUUGGUGGCUGCGUACCUUGCUUAUGACGUCAUUGUCAACAUACGGCGAUGGUGGACGGGUGAGAUUUCCGGAACAAGAUGCGUAAAGAAUAUUAUCGACAAUGGCGUCAGCGUAGCUGCUGGCAUUGCUGGUGGGAUAGGCGGCGAAGUCAUAGGUGCUGCUGUUGGUAGUUUUCUUGGUCCAGUUGGAACGGUGGUUGGGGCUAUUGGCGGAGCGAUAAUAGGAGGGGUCGGUUCUUCGUACGCUGCUCACGCGCUUUCUGAUCGGCUUACGCAGUGGGUAUUUGGACUACCCAAAAGUGAAGCACUUGAGAGAGGAUACAACUUUCUUGACCUCUCACCAAACGCGUCCAAUAGCGAUAUCAAUUCUCGCUACCGACAGCUUGCGCUUCAGUAUCAUCCAGACAAAGGCGGCGAUCCAAAUAAAUGGACUCAGCUCCAGUACUCUUUGGCAGUCAUCAGAGAGGCCAGGGGUGAACAUUAGUUGAAGGAAAUUUAUAUAACAAUCAGUGCGGUUAUGAAUCUAUUUGUAUUUUACUUAAUUAAUACUUUUUAUAAUAGUGUAAAAGCACAAACAUGUCAUAAGAUGAAAUAUUAUUUGUUUAUAUGUAAAAAUUGUUAUUGAACUACAUGUGUAAAUUCUGUCGGGCGGUGGGACACCAGUUGUUUGUGUAAUGUUGUUAUAACAGAUAUUCGCGUACAUAUUUUCAAACCGCAGCUCAACACGAGACUGCCCUUUCCCGCUUUAUAUCGGGCAGGGUUGCCCAAUAAAUAUUUUUGACAAUUUCGUCAUAUAUUGCGGAUAUGCAGGAUGUAAUGGAGCUACGCUGUCCUCAUAACGCAUAAGGAAUAUAUUUCGAAUGACAUUUCCAAUAUGAAGUAUAUAUUGUUCAAGUUAAUAAAUAAUUUAACUUAUAUAAAUUAUUAACACUUUCAGAUGCUCAGUCAGAUGAACAUAUCAUUUUUCUCUUUUGAUUUUUUUUCUCUAAUUCAAUAAGCUUAGGCAUGUUUGUUUGUUAAGUACGGCAAUAAUUUCAUGAUGAUUCCCGAAAGUAGGUAUGAGCACAUAGUCGUAAGAGCACUUGAAUAGUGAGUUCGCCCAUGAACACAUGGUAAGGUUAACUAAAUCUCUUGAUAUGACCUAAUAUGUUUUUGAAACAGCAAACAAUAUCCAACAAACGAAUGAAUUAUCAAACAUAGUAUGUUCACCGAUGUGGCUCUGUAAUUUCUGUUUGAAAAGUUUAUUAAAAUAUGCAAAAUGAGAAA